AAGAUUAAAAAAAAAAAAAAAAAACUUACAGUUGGUUAAAUUACAUCUGCUCUAGAGUAAGCUUUAACUCUCCUACUGAUAUUUAACAGGAUAGUUCACACAUUUACUCAAGUCGUUCCAGACCUGUAUAACUUAAAAUGAUGCGAGGGUGAGUAAACAAUACAAAUGAAGAAUAAUGGGGUGAACUGUCCCUUUAAGACUCCAUGAACUCACCUUAGCGUCGUUUCCAUGACGACUAAAUCAGUCACACCUAACUGCAUCUCUCAGCCAGCGGUUUAGUUAUUGUGAACUCUAAACGGCCAAAUAAACACAUAUUUCGUGUUUUUACUCUUACAACAAGCAAUGUAAGUUGUCGUGUGAUUUAUUAAUAUGUUUUUACUUAAUGUGAAGGCUACUGUACGUUCAUUAUUCAUGUCCAUAUGCCGUUUCUUAACCACCAACAGAAUGCGACAGAGUUUACGACAGUGAAUCAGGACGAAAUUAGAGAAAAGACUUAAGAGAAAUGCUGUGUGCACUAGAAGAGAAAGUACACCCAAAGGAUAUCAGCAACAUCCAGUUAGGAAAUCUGACAACUUUAUUCCUAAACAUCGAAAAGCGAUGCUCGCUCGCCUCAUGGAUUAAAGAAAACAUCAAGAAGAAAGAGUGCUGCUUCUAUGUGGAGGAUGGCAGGGAGGGGAUUUGUAAGUGUGGUUACCCAAAGAUCCAGCACUGCGAUGAGGCCAUCAAACCGGAGGACUAUAUGGGGGAGCAGUGGGACACACACAGACAUGUCAGAGAGGUGCCCACCGAUGCCUUUGGAGAUAUCACCUUUGGAGGACUUGGACAGAAAACUGGGAAGUAUGUUCGGGUGUCGUCGGACAUUUCCAGUGAGAGUCUGUACCAGCUGAUGACCGAACACUGGAAACUGCGUUCGCCCAAUCUGCUGAUAUCAGUGACUGGCGGAGCCAAAAACUUUUACAUGAAGACUCACCUGAAGGACAAGUUCCGGCGGGGCCUCAUCAAAGUCGCCCAGACCACAGGUGCGUGGAUCCUGACAGGAGGGACACACGCCGGGGUGAUGAAGCACGUGGGCAUGGCCGUGCGAGAUUACACACUCAGCAGCGGUUUGAUGGAGGGACAGAUCGUCGUCAUCGGUGUGGCACCCUGGGGAGUCAUUCACAACCGACACACACUCGUCCAUCCUGAGGGUUGUUUCCCGGCGUACUACGCUCUGGACGAGCAGGGCCAGGGCCGUCUCUCCUGCCUCGAUAUCAAUCACACUCACUUCCUGCUGGUGGAUGAUGGCACUCACGGACAUUAUGGAGUUGAGAUUGAGCUGCGGGCCCGUCUGGAGAAACUCAUCUCUCAGCAGACGCUGGGAAGCAGAGAGAGUGGAGUGACAAUACCAGUGGUCUGUGUGGUAUUGGACGGCGGUCCAGGAACACUAAACACCAUCUACAAUGCGAUGCUGAAACACACGCCGUGUGUGGUGCUGGAGGGCUCUGGACGCCUGGCGGACGUCAUCGCUCAGGUGGCGGCUCUGCCCGUGUCAAAGGUCACCCUGGUUCUUAUCAGCCAGCUCAUGAAGAGGUUUUUUGGACAAGAGUACAAAAGCUUCACUGAGGUGCAGGUCAUUGAGUGGACUAAGAAGAUUCAGGACAUCAUCCGGAUGCCUCAUUUGCUCACUGUGUUUCGGAUUGACGAGGAUAAAAACUAUGAUGUUGACGUUGCCAUUCUACAGGCUUUGCUGAAAGCCUCCAGAAGUGAUGAGCAUGCGGGCCGACAGUCGUGGGGACGGAAGAAGAGACAGCUGGAGCUCGCCGUGGCUGAACGGAACCGAGUGGACAUCGCCGAGAGCGAGAUCUUCACCGAGGAGAGCCAGUGGACGUCCUGUGAUCUGCAUCCGGCCAUGUUUUCUGCGCUGGUGGGAGACAAACCCGAGUUCGUGCGGCUCCUGCUGGAGAAUGGAGUGUGUGUGGGGAAGUUUCUGGAGCAGGAAGACAAACUCACAGAGCUUUACGCCCACCUUCCCGCCUGCUUCUUCCUGCGCAAACUCGCCAAAAGAGUCCAGGGUGGAAAAAUCCACAGGGGUCAAGAGCCGCAGCCUGGAAGCUCAAAGAUCUCCUUGAGUCACGUGGCUGAAGAAGUGCGCCACCUGCUGGGGAGUUUCACACAACCGUUAUACGGGCUGUCACGCCACAAGAUGACCGGAGAUGAUGUCCGUUUAGCGGUGCCGUCCAAGGGUCUGGUGGAUCUGCCGUGUUUAGGUGAAGAGUGGACCCCAGACACGGUUUGGGACCCGGGACGGGAUCUGUUCCUCUGGGCCGUCGUGCAGAAUAACACAGAACUGGCAGAGAUCGGCUGGGAGCAGUGUUUUGGCAAAAGAGACUGUAUCGCAGCCCGCUCUGGCAGAUCGCAGAUUGUAAUUGUAUACUUAUUCGAAGGCGGAGAGGACGGGACAGCAGAAGAGGCAAAGGAAAUGAGGGAGAAAUGGCCAAGCCACUACGAGAAACAGAAAGCCAUCGGUGUGUUCAGUGAGUGUCACAGCUGGGACGCGCAGCGGGCGCAGAAGCGUGCUGAUGGCGGUUUCUCUCCGUCGUGGGGCAGAAGCACCUGUUUGUGGCUCGCACUCGAGGCCGACGCUAAGAGCUUCAUGCGCUUCAAUCAGGAGUCCAGGGGAACAAACCAACUGUACUGUGGCUACCUCACCACUGGAAAGGUGCUGCCUCUGCAUGAUUAUUCUUUCCUCUCAUAUACACCGGGCGUCCUGAUCGUGCAGCGGUUCCUCGCAGAAAGCCUGCGCUGGACCUCUGAAACUGUUCGUGCUCGUCUGAUGAGUCUGUUUCACGUCACCUCAAAGUCAAGUUUUACUGGAAUAUCGCCUUCCUAUUUGGAUUCCUGUGGCUGUUUUGCGUGGGUGCUCAUGAUCGAUUCCAGGCCUAUCCCGUCGUGGAGGGAACUUUGCUGUACGUGUGGCUCACCUCAGCUGGUUGUUUGUUAUCAUGACUUUGACGGGCUCUGGGUCUUCCGGAGCGAGAAAAGCGAAGAUGUACACUCAGUGAUCUGUGGAACAUUCUGGCUUGUGCUGUCAAUCAUGCUGUUCAUUGUUGGUCUGGUCUGCAGGUAAAUGGCCUCCGGUACUGUGUUCUACGUGGGUAAAGUUGUUCUCUGCAUCGACUUCAUCAUAUUCAGUCUCCGAAUUAAAUGGCCAUCUUCCCUAUCAGCCGACACCCUGGGCCCAAAGAUACAUCAUCGUCAGGGAGGAAUGGAUGAUGGAUUGUUCUUCUUCAUGUUUUCUGCUCAGUAUCUGGCUUCGGUGGUGGGCGUUUAUCUGUGCGUGGCCAAGCAGGGCAUUUUGAUUCACAAUGAAGAGAGACUGAACUGGAUCAUCCGCGGAGCCGUCUAUGAGCCCUACCUCAUCAUUUUCGGCAACGUCCCCACUAAUAUAGACAGUGAGCAGACAGGGAAACUGCGAGCAGAGCUGAGGAAGAGUGAGCUGUUGUUCUGGGAGGCCCUCAACAUGAAGGACAACUAUCUGGCAUCGACACGACAGGACGAGAGCCCAGAGCGUUGGCCCCACGCAUCGGUUGGGGUGAUGUCAGAAACUUCUGGAGCGGUGAGUCGGAGAUGGUUUCUGCCACCAUGCAAAACGACUGUCCAACGCUUGAAGACCAGGUGUCUUUCUGCAACAAAUAUCACACAAUUCAGUGUUUGUGGUCUGUCCGGUUUUCACGGCAGUGUGUCUCAACCAAAGAGGUGUAAAGACCUCCUGACACUAGUCAGCUCUGAUCCAGAACAGGAGACAAUGACGGUGAAUCCCACUUGGGACAGGAGACAGAUGACUAAGAAGCGGCACUCCUCACACCGUUGCACGUCAGCUUCAGUAUCCCUGCCAGUACCGUUCAAACGCUUCCCUUUGCCUGAGGAGAACGGUGCCCUGUCGGAGGUAAACUUCACUCCAUAUCUUCCCCCAGCAUUUACAAUGAAACAGGGACUUAAGCAGCGAGAAACACCUUUUUCCCUGUACAGCUCUGACACUUCAGUCUUGGACAAGCACAGGAAUCCAGGAGGAAGGACUGGGAUUCGGGGAAAAGGGGCUCUGAAAUCCCUCGGUCCGAAUCACAUUCUCCACCCAGUCCUCACCAGGUGGCGUGAUGCUGAACACAAGGUGCUGGAGUUUCUCGCAGUUUGGGAUGAAGCAGAGAAACACUGGGCUCUUCCUGGGGUGAGAACGCAGAAAAUCUGA